AUGGCAAUCAAAUACUUAUCCUCUUCCAAAGUGAUUCUUAAUAACAAAUACCAACCUGCUUCAAUCAUAUUUUCCACUGAUUCAGGUAAAAUUAUUGAUAUUAUUGAUAAAAAAUUCACAAAUACCAUAUCAAAAUCUAUUAACCUAAAAUACGAUGUUCAUGAAUUUGAAAAUGUAACACUUAAUAUCAUUUUAUUCGGAUUAGUUGAUUCUCAUGUCCAUUUAAACGAACCUAGUAGAAGUGAUUGGGAAGAUUUUAAAUUAAGUACUAAGGCUACUAUUACUGGUGGUGUCACUACUGUUGUUGACAUGCCAUUAAAUGUUAUUUCACCUACUACUUUUGUCAAGAAUUAUAAUUCAAAAUUAGCUUCUGCAAAGAAUAAACUUUGGUGUGAUACAGCUUUCUGGGGUGGAUUGGUUCCUACAAAUAUUGAUGACUUAAUUCCACUGAUCAGAUGCGGAAUGAAAGGAUUUCAUUCAGAUUCUAGUGUAAGUGAAUCUCCUCAAAUUAAUAAAGAGUACGUUGAAAGGGUUAUGAAAAAAUUGAAAAGUGAAAACACAAUAUUAUUAUUUCAUGCUAAAUUAGAAGAUGAAGAAAAAAGGUAUGACAAUAAAAUAGAUCCCACAAUAUAUCAGACAUUCAAGAAUUCUAAACCUCAUUUGUUUGAAACAAAUGCUAUUAACAUGGUAGUUGACAUAUCGGAAAAAGUUCUGGGAGAAGAGAAGAGCGAUUUAUCUGUACAUAUUGUUCAUUUAGCCACAGGUGCUGGUAUUCCAUUAAUUAAAGCUUCCCGUCAGAAAGGUGUUCCAGUAACAGCAGAAACAUGUUUCCACUAUCUCUACUUCAUUGAAGAUAACAUUGCAAAUAAGUUUGUACAUUUUAAAUGUUAUCCUCCUAUUAAAGAUAAGGGCAAUAGAAUGAAUCUGUGGGAAGGUCUCAAAAAAGGUGUUAUAACUUCAGUAGUAAGCGUUCAUUCUCCUUGUAUUCCCGAAUUAAAAAAUCUCUAA